AAAAUGACAAGGGCAAUUAAUCUAAAAUUACAAGACAAAUUAAUUCUCAUCGAGAUGCCAAGUAAUGCAAAUUUGAGUGAUCUUUACAAAAGAGUAAUAAUGAAUUAAAGAGAUAGAUUAAAGAGCAUCCCUUGACUCCAAAUCCAAAUUAACUGAUCGGAUUAAAGACUGUAUCUGGGGCUUUGACUUUAGAUUAUAUUCUAUCGAGACCUGAAGACAGGAGUAAGAAAUAAUAACGAUUAGGUUCAUUUCCAUUAAAUAAAUUGAAGUAGAAUGAGUGGUUGAUAGGAAUUUACAAGUAAUAAACAGGAUAGUUAAGUUUGAAAGACUUUGUCUUUGAAAAAUGCAUAGGCAAAGGAGGAACGUCAGAAGUAUAUUUGAUAAGACAUAAAGGGAAUGCAAGACUCUAUGCGCUGAAAAUGAUAAAAAAGCAUUACAUUACAGAUUGUAGACGUUUGGAAUAGGUAUUGAGAGAAAAGAAAAUAUUAUCCAAUGUAUUAAAUUAAAGCCCAUUUAUUGUGCCAUUAUAUGCAACAUUUGCCACAAGAGAACAUUUGUGUUUCUUAAUGGAAUACAGUCCAGGAGGAGAGAUGUUCUUCCAUCUCUAAAAUUAUCGAUUUACAGAGGACGAAGCCAAGAAGUACUUUUGCGAAGUUAUUUGCACAUUGGAAGAGUUACAUAAACAUAAAGUGCUCUAUCGAGAUUUAAAGGUAUUAUUAAAAUUAAUUGUAACAGCCAGAAAAUAUCUUGAUUGAUAUUCGCGGUCACAUAUAAUUGACAGAUUUCGGUCUAUCUAAGUUGGACUUGAUGAAUGAAGACGUAACUCAUAGUUUUUGUGGUUCUCCAGAGUACAUGCCUCCAGAAAUAGUCAGGUAACUCUAUUGACUAUUUUAGUCGUUAAGGAUAUUCAUAUCCUGCAGACUUCUACACAUUAGGCUGCCUAUUACAUGAGUUGCUUUUGGGAUUGCCACCACAUUACUCUUAAAACACUGACGAGAUCUUUUAGAAGAUAAUUAAUGAGGAGUUAGAGUUGCCAGAAGACCUUACAGAAGAAGUUACAGAAUUGUUGAUUGAUUUAUUGGAAAAGGAUGUAAGCAAACGUAUCAAGGAUUUCAAAGUUUUAAAGAAGUAUUAAUGGUUAAGUGAUGUGAAUUGGGAAGCCAUAAAAAAUAAGCAAAUAGAAAUGCCUAUUGAGAUAGAUAUCUAUGAAACUCAUAUCCAUGGAGAAUUCUUAAAAGUAGAUGUGGCUGAAUUCAAUUAGAGAAAUGAAACUGGUGAUUUGAAACCCUAAGAUGAUUUGUUUGAGUUCUUCAAUUACAUUAACCCUUUACAUUAGGAUUAGUUCUUGUUAGAAUCAAAAUAACAGAAUGUUAAAAAUAGAGCAUCUAGUGAUUUGGUAGUGGAAAAGAAAUAAAAACUAGUGUUAAAUGAAAAACAAUCUAAUGUGAAUCCAAAUUAAUUCAAGAAGAGUAACUCAGUUAAGUAAUCUCUGAAAUCUGCCAGUUCUCCAAGAAUCAAUAAUCAGUUUUUUAAUAGUGGCCAUCAUAGUACUCAAAAUUCACCAAAGAAGCAUCUACAACUCAAUCUAUAGGAUAUUGACAAUCAAUUAAGUAUGAAAACCCCAAAAUAACCUAAAUCUUUAACUGGAACAACUCCAACAGCUGCUACAUUGGCUCUUUUGAGAAAAAGCUUUUAGACUCUUUUAAAGAAAGCUCCUUCAUUGAGGAAUCAGGAUAAUCACCCAACGUUGAGAACACUCCUCUCAGAAAGGUCUUUAAUGGAUAGGAACUAUAUUAAUCAUAUCAAUUAUAAUUAGAUUCAAAAAAUAAUGCAAUUAUAACAUAGCAGUCCUACAAAUAGGGAAAUAUCAUCAUAAAGACCACCUCAAUAAUUGCAGAAAAGAAUUUCAAGCACCUCCACUCAUCUUAAAUCCUAGUUAUCAUAAUUAUCACUCUUUACUUUAUCUUCGCAAAUCACUUAAAGAGGCAGCACCUCGCAUAGACCAAAACUUAAAUGA